GAAAAAGUCAUCUCGUCCUUGAAUAAAUUAAACAAUAAACACUAAUAAUCCGUGUAUAAAUAACCCCGAAGCAGAUAGAGCAGGUCAUCGCUUGCUCUCUAGUCAAACGACAAACAUCAACAUGAAAGCUUUCCUGGCAUUUUGCUUGAUCGCUGUUGCGUCUGCAGCGUCUCUCUCUCCCGAUGCGGAUGCUCCAAUCUUGAAUCAACUAUCUGACAUCAGCCCAGAUGGUUCUUAUCAGUCAUCCUACGAAACUGGUAACGGGAUCUCCGCUCAAGAAUCCGGCGUAUUGAAAUCCGUUGGACAUGAAACCGCCGAAGAAGUGUCUGGAUCAUUCAAAUACUCCGCUCCUGACGGCACCCCCAUCCAAUUGACCUACAUCGCCAACGAAAAUGGAUUCCAACCGCAAGGUGCUCAUCUUCCAGUUGCUCCAGCUCCAGAACCAAUCCCAGCUUACAUUGCCCGUGCCUUAGAUUGGAUCGCUGCCCACCCGUACAAAGAAGAAGCCGUACUUGCUAGGAAAUACUAAUUUAAUUGAAUGAUGUUGGCCAGAUUAAACUAUUGUAUUUAUUGUUAGUUUAUGAACAAAUAAAUGUUGUAUAAGAAAUGAA